CGAUGUUCAGUUUAAAACCUUGAAUUUAUGUGAGUCCGGUUCUUCAUCUGACAUCCUAUCAAAUAAAGUAGUUUGCAAAUUCUCCACUGUUUGUUCUGCUGCAGUCAGGCAUCGGUGGUUUAGAUUCCUCGAAUCUCGCUGCUUGCAACUUGGUAGUCUCAGUUGUAGAAACCUGGUAUAAAGCGUUUCGGUAUUACAGAAGUAAAUGUUUGGUAAAGCAUAAGACAGAUAAAACAUAGAUGCGCAGUAAGAAGGAGUUGAAGUUCCUACUUAUUGGUUGAAUCAACCAAUUGUGAAGUAAAUUUGGCUCCGUUUCACAGAUUACAAUGUCUGGCUGUCUCACCUGUGCCAAGGCCAUUGAUUGUGGCGAUGAGCCACUCACGGUUAGCAAGAACAAGCAUGUGCAGAAUGCGUUAUGCAAGCAUUUCUGGUUCGGCGAACAUCAAUACCUUCAGAGCGUCAUUUGCCGUAGCUGUUGGGUCAAAAUUGAAGAAUUCCAUCGAUUUUACUGCGAAGUGGAGGAACUACACGCACAUCAGCUGUACCCGCACGUACAGCUGAUGGAGAUUAAACAGGAAGUUGGCACCACAGAUGAAUACAUGGAAGCGGAAGAUGUUUUGGAAUCAUGUGCAAUCAAAGGAGAAAUUCCUUGUACUGUUGAAGAUGCUGGUAAAAAGAAGAGAAAUAUUCCACCAGAUGGUAUUGGAGAAAUCGGAAAACGUACACGAUUGCAGAAGAUGGAACUGAUUCAAGAAGCUAGUGCUUCGGACCAAGAGGAAUCAAUCGACGACGAUAGCGCAGUCAAAUCUGAAAUUGAUAAUGAAGACUCAAAUGAUGGUGAUGAAGAUUACGAACAUUCAUAUUCCGAAAAUUCAGAUUCAGAAGGAAGUGAUAGUUCUGAAAUGAACGAAGAAGGUGCAAUUGAAAAACGUACAAAAAAGCGUACUAGGGCAACGAGAGAAGAAUUGCAGGAAAUUCAAGAAUAUGUAUCCAAACAUUUGUCGCUUGAUUGCGAUACUUGCUCGGAACGGCAUACAACCUUCAAAGAGCUACAGGAUCAUUCAAUGGCAGAACACAAAAAGCAAGCAAAUGUAUCGUGCUGUAAUCGUAAUAUAUCAAACCGCUUUCGAUUUGAGGAACAUAUUCGGUUCCAUUUGAAUCCUGAUCGGUUCAAAUGCUCACAUUGCUCGAGAGCAUGUCCCAGCCGGCAAGCGCUGCGCAGACACAUACAACAGGUACACACACCUGAGGAUGCAAAAAUAUACGAUUGUGGAGAAUGCGGCAAGAAAUUCUCUACCAGUAAAGGCCUAGCGCGACAUGAAAAGCUCCACGAUGAAGGCUCUAAUGUAAAGCGUCGAACGCGGGUUGUGGACAAUGAGAAGAUUAUCGCAGAAAACAUAAACCUAGAGUGCGAUUCGUGUCAGAAGAAAUGUGACUCAUUUGGGAGUUUGCAACGGCAUUCGUCGACUGAACAUUCUAAACUCGCGUAUGUUUUUUGUUGCGGUUUAAGAUUCAAUAAGAAGCCACGACUCAUCGAUCACGUUCUUUUUCAUUUAGAUCCGACCAGCUUUCAGUGUAAGAUUUGUCACAGGAAUUUACCCCACACUGAGUCCCUCAAGCGCCACAUGGAUAGUAACCACGCACCGGAAGAAACAAAAACGCUCAAAUGUAGCAUUUGCCCUAAAAUGUUUACGCAUCAGAAAUUUCUAAGAAUUCACGAGCGCUAUCACAAUCGCAAGUGGUCGUGUGACAUUUGCGACAAGAAAUUCAUCUGCGAAGCUCUCCUAAAGCAGCAUCACAAGUCCAUCCAUACAAAGGAGCUGAAUUACGUCUGCCAUGUCUGUGCCAGAACUUUCAGCAUCUACACUUCGUAUCGGUCACAUCUUGAAACCCACAGCGAAACGCCAAAGAAGAAACCGCAGAAACCUCGAGUGCAGUGUUCGGUUUGCAACGCCUGGACGGGCAAGCUGUCCCAGCAUAUGCGGCUACACUCGGGAACCCAAACGUGUGAGAUUUGCGGCACGGAAUGUAAAAAUGCAAUCACCUAUCGGUACCAUAUGAAGAACCACGAGACGGGUGACUUUAUGUGCUCGGUGUGUGACAAAGGCUUCAAGAAAGAAAUCACACUGAAGGAACAUAUGGCAUCGCACACAGGAGUCACUCUGUACAGUUGCGACUUUUGCGAUCGAACGUUCAACUCGAAUGCCAACAAGGCUUCGCAUCGUAAGAAAAUGCAUCCGCAGCAGUGGCUCGAGGACAAGCUGAGGAAAAAGGCGGCCAAGCUGGCACUGUCUGGAACAACCGUUCAAUCGUAGGGUGGCAAAAAAAAUCAAAUGCGUGGGACGUAUGUAUAA